UCUCUCUCUCUCUCUCCCCCAUUAUCUCAGGAUACAACAAAAAGCUUCUGUUUUCAUGAAAACACACACACAACACACACUCUGAUUAAUGGAGAAUAAUACUGAAACUUUCAAAUACGAAGAGAACUUCAUCGUAAACUCAAAGGGAAUACGCCUAUUUACGUGCCAGUGGCUGCCAAUUGAUUGCAACCCGAAAGCUUUAGUCUUUCUGAACCAUGGCUAUGCCAUGGAGUGCAGUUUCUCCAUGAAAGGAGCGGCAACGAGACUCGUGAAGGCCGGAUUCGGAGUUUACGGAAUUGAUAAUCAAGGACAUGGAAAAUCCGAAGGAAUUCUGGGUUUCAUCCCUUCUUUUGAUGAUCUUGUUGAAGACUCUUCUCAAUUUUUCACAAGCAUUUGUGAAAAAGAAGAAAAUAGAAAUAAGUUGCGGAUAUUGCUUGGAGAAUCGAUGGGAGGAGCGAUGGUUCUCCGGUUACAUAUGAAGAAACCAGACUACUGGGAUGGUGGGGUCUUGGUUGCACCCAUGUGUAAGCUUGCUGAAAAUAUGAAGCCACCACAAAUUGUGGUCAAUAUGUUGGUCAAACUUACAAAAUUCAUACCAACUUGGAAAAUUGUCCCAGGCCAGGAUAUUCUUGAUCUUGCCUUCAGAGAUCCUGAAAUUAGAGAGGAGAUUCGUAACAACCCGUUAUGCUACAAAGGUCGUGUGCGCCUGCAAACGGCUAACGAGCUAUUCAAUGUCACUAUAGAGCUCGAAAAGAAGCUUAAAGAUAUAAGGAUGCCGUUCCUUGUUGCGCAUGGAGGUAAUGACAAAGUGACGGAUCCCUUAGCCAGCAGACUCCUAUAUGAUGUUGCUUCUAGUACCGAUAAGACCUUUAAGUUGUAUCCGGGAAUGUGGCACGCGCUUACUUAUGGAGAGUUUACAGAGAAUACUGAUGUUGUGUUUGCUGACAUUAUUGCUUGGAUCAACGACAGAAUUGCCAAAGGAAACUCGAGACUGGAGAGGGAGCAAAAGAACAUUAAUGACGAGCUUUAUAAGGAUAUACCAAAUAAAUCCAAACCAGAUGAUCCAAGUAAAUCUAGCCCAGAGGUUCAUAAGGAUGUCUCAAGUAAAGAAAUCAACAAUUAGGGUUUCGGGUUAUGUAAAAAGAAUGGCAAACUAGGGUUUCUGUUCAUGUAAAAAAGUCAUGGUAACAACUUUGUAUUUUCUCGUAUUUGCUUCCAUAAAAAUCAUAAUCCCUCCAUUUUUUAGGU